AUGGAAAACUUGCUCCAAAAGACUCUCAAUGCCAACACUUGGAUCUUGGUUGCUGAUCAGAGUGGAAACAUGUACGUCGGCAUCAAGCAAACUGGUGAAUUUCAGCACAGUAGCUUACUCACUGGCAGUCAUGUCAUCGCUGCAGGCUUGUUGAAAUUUGAUCAGGAGCAAUUGACUUCGUUGAGUCCUCUCAGCAGACAUUAUUGCGCCGGCUCUGAUCAGUUCACAACAUUUGUCAAGAUCUUAGAGCAUGAGUGGGGAUGCAACAUGUUGAGGGUCUCGAUUUCGAAAGCCUUAUUUUUGAUCGGAGCCAUGGAAAAAUAUGCGCACUUCAGCAAGAAGAAGGCGGAGAUCAAGGCAAUGAUGAAGAAGCUGUCAACAAUCAAGAUCUGGAAGCGCUGGCGGCGGAGAAGGAAAAGAAUGAAGACCGGCCGGCUCAAGUAG